AAAAGGACUGAACAACAGGCUCUACACACACAUGCACGCACACGCAUAAGCACACAUCUCUCCAGAGCGUUGAUUUAUGGAAACAAUUAUUAUUUUGGUGGAGUCUUUCUGAGCUGAGAAAGUUUGUAGCUGCAGUGGUGUGUCUCAUGUUGCAAAAAGCAGACAACAGAAAUGGAAUACUUGGGUAUCCAGCUCUUAUCAACAGGAACAAAUCUUUUACUUUCAGUGCAAGCAGCAAAUUCAAGUAGUACAGAAGGUUACAGCAACAAAGGUUUUUAUAACUUGUGUCUUUAAAGGAUAUUCUGACUGAAGAGAUAUUUAAGAAGCUCUUCUAUUUCGCCAUUAACUAUUAAGGAAUAACGAUCAGAAUUCUAGAAGAGGGAACAAUCUCAUUUAAAUGAAUCUGUAACUCGUAAAGACAGAAGGCAGGUCGGUGACCUAAGAGCAACAGUCUACUUGAGAUUUAAUUUUCAUUAUGUUGUUCAUGAACACCCAGAACACUGCACUAUAAUGCACAAAUGGAUACUGACAUGGAUCCUGCCAAUUUUGCUCUACAGAUCAUACUUUUACAUUAUCUUUCUAAUGGGCACUAUAUCUUUAGCUUGCAAUGACAUGACUCCAGAGCAAAUGGCUACAAAUGUGAACUGUUCCAGCCCUGAGCGACAUACCAGAAGCUAUGAUUAUAUGGAAGGGGGGGAUGUAAGAGUGAGAAGACUUUUCUGUCGAACUCAGUGGUAUAUGAGGAUUGAUAAGCGAGGCAAAGUAAAAGGGACGAGAGAAGCAAACAACAACUACAGUAUUCUAGAAAUCCGAACAGUGGCAGUUGGAAUAGUGGCAAUCAAAGGAGUGGAAAGUGAAUACUUUCUGGCAAUGAACAAGUCAGGAAGACUCUAUGGAAAGAAAGUAUGCAAUGAGGAUUGCAACUUCAUAGAACUAAUUGAAGAAAACCAUUAUAAUACAUAUGCUUCUGCAAAAUGGACACACAAAGGAAAAGAGAUGUUUGUUACUUUGAACCACAAAGGUGUUCCCAUGAAGGGUAAAAAAACAAAGAAAGAACACAGAGCAUCCCACUUUCUUCCUCUGGCAAUAUCCUAAUCAUACAUGAUCUGUACAGAACUAGUUCCAGCAGGAAGAUUAUUUUUAAGAAGAUUAUUUGACAAGGUAUCAAGAGAGGCUGGAAUACUACUGAGAAACUGAACAAGCUGGACUUGCGCAUUUAUGUUUAUUUUUAAGAGACUACGUGGAAAAGAUUUGAAAAUAUACACAAAACCAGAUUUCCUAACUAAAAGCUGUAAAAAAUUCUAAAGAGUUGUACAAUCAUUAUCUUAGUCAUUUUAACUGGGUAGUUUCUUAAAUUAAUUUACCCUGAAGAAUAAGUCAUGACUUGAUUAUCUGAUAAUAUUUAAUUUAAAUGAAAAAAACACACACACACACACAAAAAAAAACAGUAAACAAUCUGCUUCUUAAAUAUGGCUGCUAUAAUAAUAAUAAG